UGGCACGGCGAGGCCACCAGCGAUUAGGGGACAAGAGGAGCGGUGGCCUUGUGACAGGGUUCAUGCCCACGGCUCUCUGGAGCGGCAGCCAGAUCCACGGCGCCGGCCAAAACGCUGCCUGCGUGUCGCGGGGAGGAGCGGCGCGACACGGAAAACGCGGCGCCGGGGGAAGGUCACCUGUGCCAGGGCGCGGAGCCAUGAAGCUGAACGAGCGGAGCUUGGCCUUCUACGCCACCUGCGACUCGCCGGCCGACAACGCCGGGUUCCUGUACAAGCGCGGCGAGCGGCACACGGCCUAUCACCGCCGCUGGUUCGUGCUCAAGGGCAACAUGCUCUUCUACUUCGAGGAGAGGGACAGCCGGGAGCCCGUGGGCGUCAUCGUGCUGGAGGGAUGCAAUGUGGAGCUCUGCGACGCGGCCGAGAAUUACACCUUCGCCAUCCGCUUUGGCGGCACCAAGUCCCGCACCUACGUGCUGGCGGCGGAGAACCAGGCGGCCAUGGAGUCCUGGGUGAAGUCGCUGUCCCGAGCCAGCUUUGACUACAUGCGGCUGGUGGUGCGGGAGCUGGAGAAGCAGCUGCAGGAGAUGAGCCGGGGGCUGGCCGGAGGAUGUGCGGGCUCCCGGGGGCCUCCCGGCCUCUGCAAGCCGCAAUCCCGGCCGCCGGCUCUGCCCGCCGUCCCGCCGAAGGAGAACGGCUGCGCGGUGUGGAACAACGUGCUGGGGGCGGAGCGGCUGCCCGGCACCUCUGGAUAUAGCGGGGACGAUGGGGAGGAGAGCCCGCGGCCGCCCCCGCUGCCGCCGCGCAGGCGGGCGUCGAACGGCGAGGCAGCGAGCGCCGGGGCGGCCGUGGCGCAGAGCCCGUCCGCCUUCUACCGGCUCCACGAGCAGUACAGGCUCGAGGUGACCCGGCUGCGGCAGGACUGGGAGCAGAGGCGGCGUGGCCCCCGGCCCUAAGCGGUGGCUGAGCCCUGGGAACUUGCCAGGAGCUGGGGCAGGGUGGAGGCGGUCAUGCUUGGUGCUGGCCUUGUCCCCUCCUCACCCCGGGGGGUGCAGAGCUGGCUGUGAUGGUGAUGGACACCACCAAGGGACGCCAGUGCUGCUCUGUGACGGUGAAAUGGGCAGCACAGGGGUGCCCUCCAGCCAUGUGGGUGUGGGGUGCUCCACAAACUACAAACCACUCGCUAACUGGAAAUCGACCGCAGCUCUGCCUCUGCUGAGGCCUCUUGAUGCUCUUGCAGUGGGAUCACGCAUUGGCAACUUUGGGAGGAGGAUUUUGGUGGGAUCUCACCCGCCUGAGUGCCCGUGUGGGUGUUCCACAGUGGAGAGCCUGCUACCGACUUCCCCUCCCGGCCCAGCACAAGGCUGAGGUCGGCUGAGCUCUGCCAGAUCCCUCUGCUCCAGCAGGAUGUGGUUUGAAAUGAAAAUAUCAGUGAGUGCAGCGCUUCCUUAACAACAGCAGCAGCUCCGCACGCUCCGGGGAGCUGGUGACACCCAGCCCCGGGCAUUACACAGGGAGCAAUUGCUGCCUGCAGCCUGGGUGGUGAAUAUGGGGGAGUCAGACCCUGGGGGAAUUCAGCAGCUGCAGGCACUGCCUUGCUGGUGGAUAUUUUGGGACAGCACAUCAUCCCCAUGCCAGCUCACUAAGGGGAAGCAUUGCUCAUGGUGGCAAGUGGGAACGAGUGUGUCAGCAGCAGAGCGUGAGGAAUGAUUCAUGUGCCAAACCAGAGCAAAGCUGGAGUCUCAUGCCUGUGUUUCUCUUAUUUCCACAACAGACACUCAAGCUGCUGGCCCAGAGGUGGGGUGACCACUGCUGGAGCAGGUGGGAGCAGUCAGGGUGCCCUGGCUUAGGGCUGGGUGGCUCCAGCUCCCUUUGCUCCCUUGGGACAGGCACAAGA